ACGGCUGCAGGGAGGAAGCCUCUGUAGAGGACACAGACAGCCGUUGGUUUUUAUUCAUCAUGCCGAGAAAAAAGGAUUUGUCAACAGAUGAGGUUGAGAUUGAUAUGGAAGAUGAUGGCAGUGACAGUGAUGACGGUGCCAGCCGGAGGCGAGGCAACAGGAGACAAGCAGCUGGAAGACCGGCUGCAAAGGGAAGAGCCCGUGGCAAAAAAGCAGCCGAUGAGGAAGAGGAAAGUGAGGCUCCUAGGCCAAGAAGGGGGCCAAGUGCAAAGAAACCAACCAAAAAAGGCAGAGAUGAUGAUGAGGAUGAUGAAAGUGAAUACGAAGGCCCCAAGAAGAAGAAGCGAGGGGGAGCCGCCACUAAGAAAAAAGGGGGAAAAACCUUGGACAGUGAUGAGGACAGUGACGAGCAGAAGGGAAAGAAGGGGAAAAAGGGAGGAGGAAGGAAAGGAGUAAAAGAGGAGGAUGACAGUAAAGGCAAGAAGGGAGAUGCCAAAGGAAAAGACAAAAAGAAGAAGAAGAAGAAAGACGAAAGUUCAUCUGACUCCACUUCAAGCUCCGAUGAGGAUGAGGAAUCCCUGUCUGAGGGAGAGAUGGCCCUUUUGAUGGAGGAGGUGGAAGAAAAGAAGAAGCUGAUAUCAACCAUCAGGAACAAACCAUGGAGGAUGAAGAGGCGGCUCACACACCUGAAGGAAGCUCAAGAGUUUGUGGAUAAGUUUGAAGGAGCUCUCGGCAAAGGAAAAGGCAGGAAGUGGUAUGCCUACAAAGUCAUGAUGACAAAGAAAUGGAUUAAGUUCCAGAGGGAUUUUGAAAACUUCAAAACAGCCUGUAUUCCCUGGGAGAGGAAGAUCAAAGAAGUGGAAAGUCACUUUGGUUCUUCUGUAGCUUCUUACUUCAUCUUCCUUCGCUGGAUGUACGGGAUGAACCUCGUUAUGUUUGGUUUCACUUUCGGCCUGGUGGUUAUUCCUGAGGUUUUGAUGGGCCUUCCAUAUGGGUCCAUUCCCAGGAAGACUGUUCCUCGAGCUGAACAGGCAACUGCUCAAGACUACUCUGUCCUCAUGGAUUUCAAUGGAUACUGCAAGUAUUCCGUCCUGUUUUAUGGCUACUAUAACAGCCAGAGGACCAUCGGCUUGCUUAAGUUUAGGCUGCCUCUCGCCUACCUCAUGGUCGGGAUUGGAACAUUUGGCUACAGUUUGAUGGUUGUGAUCCGCACAAUGGCAAAAAAUGCAGACCUCGGUGGCGGUGAUGGAGAAGAUGGAGAGUUCACUUUUGCCUGGAAGAUGUUCACCAGCUGGGAUUAUCUCAUUGGAAACGCGGAGACUGCAGACAACAAGUAUGCAUCCAUCACCACCAGCUUCAAGGAGUCCAUUGUGGAUGAGCAAGAAAACCAGAAGGAUGAGAACAUUCAUCUGAGGAGGUUCCUCAGGGUCCUAGCUAACGUACUCAUCAUCUGCAGCCUCGGAGGAAGCGGAUACCUCAUCUACUUUGUGGUGAAGAGGUCUCAGGAGUUUGCCAACAGAAAUGAUCUCAGCUGGUAUGAGAAAAAUGAGUUGGAGCUCAUCAUGUCUCUGUUGGGACUUUUGUGUCCUCCUCUUUUUGAGACGAUUGCUGAGCUAGAGGACUACCAUCCUCGCAUCGCCCUCAAGUGGCAGCUAGGACGCAUCUUUGCUCUUUUAUUGGGAAACCUCUACACGUUCCUGUUUGCCCUCUUCGAUGAGGUCAACACCAAGCUUGAAGAAGAGCAGUCCAUAAAGAAUGCCACUAUAUUGGCUCUGAAGGAAUAUUACGCCAAUUACACACGCCUGGUCAAUGACACCGAAGCCACCCCACCCCCAAUGAACCCCGCUGAUGUGAUCAGAGGACCAUGCUGGGAGACCGCUGUUGGCAUAGAAUUUGUGAAGCUGACCGUGUCGGACAUUCAAGUCACCUACCUCACCAUCCUGAUCGGUGAUUUCGCCAGAGCUGUCAUUGUGCGUUUCCUCAACUACUGCUGGUGCUGGGACCUGGAAGCCGGAUUUCCAUCAUAUGGAGAGUUUGACAUCAGUGGUAAUGUCUUGGGACUUGUCUUCAAUCAAGGAAUGAUCUGGAUGGGGGCGUUUUAUGCUCCCGGACUGGUUGGCAUCAACGUACUCCGCCUGCUGACGUCCAUGUACUAUCAGUGUUGGGCCGUCAUGGCUACCAAUGUUCCUCAUGAGCGAGUCUUCAAGGCUUCCAAAUCCAACAACUUCUACAUGGGUCUGCUGCUCCUCAUCCUUUUCCUUAGUUUGUUGCCUGUGGUCUACACCAUCAUGACACUCCCACCCUCAUUUGAUUGUGGACCCUUCAGUGGGAAAGCAAAAAUGUUUGAUGUGAUCAUUGAGACGAUCGACCUGGACCUGCCAGCCUUUAUCGGGACGCUGUUUGGCUAUGUAGCCAACCCAGGCCUCAUCAUACCAGCUGUUUUGCUCAUGGUCCUUGCCAUCUACUAUUUGAACUCUGUUUCGGAAGCGUACAAAAACUCCAACUUUGAUCUGAAGAAGAAGAUGCAGAUGGCUCGCGAUGAAGAAAAGAACCGGAGGAACAACACAGACAGCACCAACGAGGUUAUGAAAGACUUGGAGGACCUGCUGCCAAACCGCUCUCUGGCGCCUCCUGCUCCACCACCAGAGCCUGAAAAAAAGACAUCAGAUCCAAAACCAAUGAAGACAAAACCUGGGGCAGCUGGGAAAGGUGUUCACCUUCAGAAAGAUGUUGCACUUGCAACAUCCAAUCCUGACACUCGAGGGCCAGUCGUUCGACCGCCUGGACAAAGAGGACCCGGCCCAAUAUCCGGUCCUGGCCGAGGGCGCGGCCGUGGAAGAAGACCCCCUCCAAGAUAAUGACAACGUGACUAGUUGGUACCACAUGACAGGUUGUGACAUGGACUAUAUAAUUUGACUCAUGCAUGGCAAUUAGCCCCUUUUUACUUACUUAUCUGUAAAAACUAUUAUGAAACCAGUAAAAUGCAUCUCAUCUAUUUAAAAUAUGCACUGCUUAAAUUCAAUAAAAAACACAGGAAGUGUUUUUUAUACAUAGCUUUGUUGGAUUUAUUUGCGAGAGCCUUUCAGUAAAAUUAGCUCUGCUUGGUGUCGUGUGUAUGAUUCCUUGAUAUCAUUUUAAUGAGUUUGUAAAGUGAAAUGGUUUUCUAUUGCAUAACGGCGUUGGUAUUUGUAUUGUAUUUUGUAUUGCAAUUUGUAACCCCUUACGGCAGGGGUGUCAAACUCAUUUUUGUAGCGGGCCGCAUUGUAGUCAUAGCUUCUCUUGGAGGGCCAUUAUGACUGUCAACCCAAAUAAAUGUAUGAGCACCUCAUAUUAUAUCCAGUAAAAGCUACAAAACAAACGGGCAAAUAACUCGUUUUCAAAUCAGACGAGUAAAAACUUGUCAAAUAUUAAAAGAGAUUAUUAAAAGUGAAGACAAUUUGCAAUUCUAGUUAUGACACACAAAUUUGAUGCACAAUUUGUCUUCGCGGGCCACAUAAAAUGAUGUGGCGGGCCGUAUCUGGCCCCCGGGCCUUGAGUUUGACACCUGUGCCUUACGGAAUUUGUAGACGAGAAACAGGGCAGAAAUAGACAAAUGUGAGGGGAGCAAAUAAGUAUACAUGGACAUUAUUGCUAAUUUUGUAUCAAAGAAGGCCAGAAGGCAGCACUUUUGAAAUUAUGUAAUCUAAUAUCAACAAAAAUAUAAAAUAAAAGCAACAAGAAUCACCUCAGUUUUUCCCCCUAUUUGUGAAAUGUAAGAUUUUUUAAAAUAUUACAUUUGUCUGGAAUUUUUUUCUUUUUUUAAGGUUUCUCACUUUUUGGCACUCCUACAUUUUGAUUAGGAGCAUUCAUGCACGUCAUAAAGUCAAAGUGCAAUAAUUGCAGUGUUGUUUGGUUGUUUAU